AUGCGACCAGUUCGCGUUGGAUUUUACGAAAUUGAGCGGACGCUAGGCUAUGGCAACUUCUCUGUCGUCAAGUUAGCACGCCAUCGCAUUACAAGUACACAGGUGGCUAUUAAAAUCAUCGAUAAAGAUCAGCUUGAUAAAAACAAUUUGGCUAAAAUUUACCGAGAAGUUCAAAUAAUGAAGUUGAUGGAUCACCCAAAUAUUAUAAAGCUGUAUCAAGUCCUGGAAUCGAAAUGUAUGCUUUACUUGGUGACUGAAUAUGUCAGCAACGGUGAAAUGUUUGACCUACUUUCACAGCGUGGUAGAUUGACUGAAGAUGAAGCUAGAAAAAAAUUUCAGCAGAUUGUUCUAGCAGUCGAAUAUUGUCAUGAUCAUCAUGUUGUUCAUAGAGACUUGAAAGCCGAAAAUCUUCUCUUAGAUUCUAAAGGCAAUAUUAAACUUGCAGACUUUGGAUUCGGUAAUACGUACGAAGAUGAUCAGUUAUUACGGACGUAUUGUGGUAGUCCGCCUUAUGCAGCACCAGAAGUAUUCCAAGGCAAGGCGUACAAUGGACCUAAGCUUGAUAUUUGGAGCUUGGGUGUGGUGUUAUAUGUACUUGUAUGUGGUUCUCUACCUUUUGAUGGAAAUACACUUUCUGAACUUCGGAGUGUAGUACUAAAUGGUAGAUAUAGAAUACCUUACUAUAUGUCAAGAGACUGUGAGCAGCUCUUGCGAAGAAUGCUUGUAAUCGACCCUGAUAGACGCUAUAGUAUAAAACAAGUCAAGCAACAUCGUUGGUUAGCGUUCUCGCCGAAACUGCGGCAAAAGGAUUAUGGUAAACCAGCCAUUGAUCCCGCUACGUUAAAUGCUUAUAAAGAAAAAGCCCUACAAAAUAUGGAAAAACUUGGUAUAGACAAAAAGAAGACAAUGAAUUCUAUCGCUAAUAAUGCCUUUGAUCACUAUGCUGCGAUCUUCUCAUUUUUGGUUGAUAAAUUAAAAGCU